AUGGCUGGUAUAUCAGGCAGUUGGAUUUUUCCAAUGCCUUUCUUCAUGGCUUUCUCAAGGACGAUGUCUAUAUGGCUCAACCAAAGGAUUUUUUUGAUGAGCUCAAGCCUAAUCUGUAUUUUGAAGAAAUCCCUUCAUGGUCUUAAACAAGCUCCUAAAGCAUUGUUGGACUCAUUUGUAGUUGUUCUUAGCAAAGAAUUAUCUAUGAAGGAAUUGGGGCCUUUACACUAUUUUCUUGGCAUUGAGUGUUGUAGAUAUUUUAUUUCCAUUCUACAUACACAACAGAAAUAUGCUUUCCAGUUACUACAAAAAGCUGAUAUGCUUACAUGCAGUUAUACAAGUACCCUUGUAGCUGAAGGACCAAGAUUAUCCUUAUACAAUGGUGAUCCCCUUGAUGAUGCUGGGUUCUACAUAAGUCUAGUUGGAGGUUUGCAAUAUCUCACUCUCACUAGACCGGAUUUGUGUUUUUCAGUCAAUUAUGUCUCCCAGUUUAUGCAUGCUCCCAAUACUUCUCAUCUACAACUAGUAAAAAGGAUUUUGAGAUAUGUCAAGGGUAGUAUUUGUUCUGGUAUUACAUUCUUUGCUGGACCUUGUGAUAUUUUGACUGCGUACUCUGACUCGGAUUGGGCAGGGUGCCCUGACACUCGCAAGUUUACUAGUGGUUACUGCAUAUACUUAGGAAAUUCUCUUGUUUCUCGGGCCACUAAAAAGCAGCCAACUAUUUCUCUCUCCAGUACUGAGGCAGAGUAUAAGUCCUUAGCAUUGACCAAUGCUGAGCUUCUAUGGAUUUCUUAUUUACUUAAACUAAUGCACAUUACUGAAUCUAAAUCUGUCACUCUUUACUGUGACAAUAUUGGCGCCAACAUCUUAGCUAUAAAUCCAGUUUUCCAUGCUCGUACUAAGCAUGUGGAGAUCAACUAUCGCUGCACUCAUGACUUAGUUGAAGAUGGCUUUCUCAAACUUGCCUACGUUCCAUCUCAACAUCAGCUUGCAAAUGUGUUUACAAAAGAACUUGGAGUUGUUCAGUUUCAUUCUUGUGUUUGCAAGCUAAUGCACUUUGUGGAGUCAUUAGCUUGA